CGAGGCGCUCGCUGUUUAUCGCGAAGCAGGUUCUGUGGCCGGCGAACGCUUCGUCUAAAUUAUUAUUUGUUUUCACGUGCGUAGCUCGAACAGUUUUCCGGCGGGUGCCAUUUGCCAGUCUUCACUGUUUUUCAAUUUACUGGUGAUUCGCGCCGGUAUGAACACGAAGCAAGCGCUUUUAUAACGCUGCUUGUUGAUUUAAGUGUUACCAUCGGAUGCGAUGUAUAAAUUUUGCGAACCGAAUCUGUGUGAUGAAAAGAAGAUUUGUGAUGGCUGUGUUUUAAUUGGUCGGCUCUCUGUUGUGAGCCCUGUGUUUGUGAAGUGCUGGUGUUGUUCGAUGGACCUCACCGUUGGAAACGUUUUUAUUAUUUGUGCGAAAAAACGAAACUCAUACAGCGUUCCGGGCGAUCAUUAAGAUAUCGCAAGAACCGUUACCAGUGAAGAUUUAAAGACUUGAGUGCCAUUGGGAACCAGUUUACCAAAUUCAGUGAUAUUUAGUCAUAGUGGUUAUAUUUACUUAGUAUUACGCUUAUGCUAAUAGAUAGUUUUAUUGUGAAAGUACCAAAAAGAAGUGAAGCUGGCUCCCUACAAGGAUAUCAUGAACACGUCGAGCAUAAGCUCAGCUGUGCCGACCAUCAAAUGUGAAGAUACUUCACCAUCACCAACUGCCGCUGUUGGCAACGACGGAGAAACGGGACAUUUUUUAAGUGUUAAUUUAAAUCUAAGUGCUGCAAUGAUGAAUCUCUUAGCAGCAGAAAAUGGCGGAACGACAACUCUACGAACGCCUGAGAUUGUCAAUGAUCUUAUCACCAUGACAAACCCUUUAGACCAGUACAAUUAUGACAAGAAUUCGAACUUUAAGAGCAUCAGCGGAAAUGACUCCAACUCUUCGAUGUCAAACGGAUCCUCUGCCACCUCACCAGCCUCAGGCACUCCGCCGAGUAUCCAAAAGACGUGUUCGGAAUUAAUAAAGGCUGGUUUAAAGUUGUCGAUAGAAUCUAAGCGGAAGAUGUCUGGAAGCGACACUGACGUUGGUGUGAAGAGGAUGAAGCGAGAGGAUAGCGACGAGGACUACGACAGCAGUAACACACAGCAGUCUAAAAAUGAGUUGACACCAGAAGACGAGGAGAGGCGACGACGCAGAAGAGAAAGGAACAAAAUAGCAGCAACUAAAUGUAGAAUGAAGAAGAGGGAACGAACUGUGAACCUUGUUAACGAAAGCGAAGUUCUGGAGAAUCAGAACAUUGACCUCAAAGCACAGCUCAAGGACUUAGAAGUACAGAAAAGACAACUAAUGGACAUGCUGUCAGUACACGCAGCGUCAUGCCUCAAGAACAAUACUGCCACAAAUACCAACCGAACCUCACCAACAACAUCAUACAAUAUGAUUCGAACAUUUGAAUCGCCAACAUUCCCCAUCUCUUUUGAUACCAACUCUCCCUACAUCAGACCCGAAUCUGCCAACAUUCUCGCAUCCAGCUACACAUGUGUCACUCCGAUCAACGGAGACUCUUCCAUAGACACAAUUUCUUCACUGGAGUCGACUUAUAUCGCUCCUCAUACCAUAGAUAUGGACUACACGAGACCAGAGAGUGUUCUAAGCCUACCUCCAACUUCAGACGGUAAUUUUGGGACCACUGACGGUUACUUGCCUAAAGCCUCCACAAUACUCGGUCCGAUUGAGCACGAAAGUGAAUAUUACGAGACAGAACUAUCUUAUAACGUUUCAUCACAGUGCCAUACGUAUCCCAACACUCUUCAGGAUGCUCAAACGAAGAUUAACAACAGCUUAAACGAUGGCUGCUUAGUUUAGUUGCAAGUAUCAUACUCGGCCGGUCGCUGUGGUCCAAAUUAUCCGACAUGUAUACGUAUAAAAUUUUUUAUUAAUUCGAAAUGUUCAGUCUUCACAUUUUUCGCUUCCAAUCUUGUGAUUAAUGUUCAAAUUUUGUUGAAAUUAUUGUUGAUGGGAAUUAUUUCGAAAUGAAAUUGUAUGUCUACUAUGUAGAACGACGAAAUAUAGUGGUGUCUGUAUUUUACCCACGAAACAUUUUAUACUUCCAUGCAAAAAAAUUUAAUGUAAAACAAACUUCCAACAUAAUAUCUUCAUUGUGUUAAUUUCAGCGUUGUGAAAUAAUUUAUUACCAGACACCAAUGGAUAAUUUAAAACUGUGAAACAGUUGCUUAGGUAGGUAUAACAUAAAAUAAUUGUUUUACUCUAACAUUACCGUAGUUUAUAAGUUCUAUAAUUUUGCUUUGAUCUGUACAAAAUAUUUAUGAAGAUCUGAUUAAGUUAAUCGUAAAUCAUUCGACAAGGGACAAGUUAUAGCAAAUAGCCAUUAAAUCUAGUCGAAUAUCGACACCAAAUACAAAGAUCACAUUCUACCAGUACAAGUAAUAAAUAAAUAAAUACCUCCAGUUGAUACUUCAGAAAUAUAUUGAACGUUGAAGAAAUUGUCACAUUUUUAUUAGCUUUCGAUAAUUUACCAUUAUAUAAGUGUAGUGUAAGAUGCUUUAACUCGGAGUAUGCGGUGAUAAUAUAAUAUAAUAAAAUUAUCGAAGAGUGUGAUGUAUAUAACAUAUAUAUUGGCUUGUAUUUUUGUGCUAUAGACACAAAGUGUCUCUACAUAACCGUCUUAAGUGCCUAUAUAAUAUAUUUAUUCGUUACUUAAUAUAUUUAAUAUUAAGAAUAUAUUUUAUUCAGUGUUCGGGUUACCUUUUCUACAAUAUAAUAUUAAGAUUUGCAAAGCAACCGGAAUUGUACGGCUGUGUAUUUUCUGAGUUAUGUUAUUUGGAAGGAACCCAACGGUAAAUUAUUUUAUCUGUGACCCAUUAAAAAAAUUGUAUUAAUACCAGAUUCAAAAGUAAUUAUUCACAAAAUAAGCUGCAUAUUUAAGCUUUCGGGAGCUUAUGCCUAGAAUAAUUAUGUAAGUCAAAUUGAAAUAGUCUAUUGGAAAAAUAUUGUGAUUAUUUUAUAUUAUCUGUAAUCGAAUCAUAACGCGUGUAAUAUUUUUUUAUCAGCUUUCCAGUACUUAAUAAUAACAAUUUUAUUUUUUUAUAACUGUUAAUACUAACGUGCCCUUUUUUAGAUACGUUUAAUUGAUAAAACUACAUAAGGCACCGAAACCGCAAUCGUACAAAAAAAUUCUGCGCACAAUUUUGUUACAAGUGCCUUCACGCAGUUAUCCUAGUCUUACGACUGCAAAUGUUCAGGUCUUUAGGCUUAAGGCAGUCAUGAAAGCAUUUACUUUAAUAUAAUGUGAUAACGAGCUUCUAUUACAUAAUGAUGAAAGAAGCCAGAUAAAGGCCUCCCUUCCCUUUCUACUACAUAUACGUACCUUCCUUCGUCAAUGUUCGUUACAUAUGAACCCGGCCUUAUAAUCUAAAUUUCUCUUGGAAAUUUCACUGUUUACGGCAACUUCAAAUUUCCCCCCAAUACAAUCCCAGUUAAUCACUGGUGUACGAGAGACUGUAUUUUUUUUUUCAAAGCAAUAUCGGUCAUCGUCUCUUCGUACCGGCUCCACGUUUGGGGCGCGACUGCCGCGUCCUGCGAGUAUCGAUGGUUGGUUCCACGGUUUCACGCUCGAAAUUCGCGGCGACUAUAAUCCGACAACUUCGUGCGCGACUGUCCAACGGGGUGACAGGUGGUUGUGGAGACGAGGUACUGUACGACUGUCUCACGCGUUACCCUUCUCCGCUACCCGCUGAUAUCAUUGGCACGAAGUUGUUGAACGACAUGUCCCGUGACAACGGAUUCAGGCUUCGUUCUCGGUUGUGAAGCGAACUAGGUAAGCGUUGUAUUUUUAUGGCGGAAAGUUCACACAUGAGUAUCAUCUGUAAACAGUAGCUGCGACUCACGAGCAAGUAUGUAGAAACUGGCUGACCUCUACUAUACACCAUUGGACUGGCGGCUGUCAAAGUGCUUUUGUGCCUGUUUGAUAUUCGCCAUUUUGGCGCUGUUGGCCUUGCGAGAGUCUGCGAUACUAAAACUACUGAUGACAACCUCAGCAAAACAUCGAUAGAUGGUCGGAAACUAUUUACAAAAAAAAUGUAUACUUUAUUACGUUGAUUCUUGAAGUAUAAAUAAAUAACACGGCAAACGAACGAAAUUAAUUCAAAAUGUAAAAAUACCUCAGAGUAUUGUACGUUCCUUCGCAGCCAUUUGUAUUAUACGUCAAAAUUAGUUCUCAGGACGCUCGCGAGUGGCGCUUCAAAUAGGCAGAAAAAAUUUGCUGUCAAACAUAUGGAACAGCCUCUCCAGUGAUAUAUUUUAUACAGGUCAGUGUUUCAGCAAACGGUGCGACAGAGAGCACAAACACAUCACACAUAUUGUUGCCCCUCGAACAUAUUCAAGUUCGAAAUUAGUACGUUAAAUUUGAAAUAGGCCUUUUAUUUUUUUAUGCGAGCUUGUAAAUUUGUAUCAUAUAAAAUGUUGAAUUGAAAGAGGUUUAACAUUUAAGUUAUAUAUUAACAUAUAUUAUUUCCUCUAAGUAAUCUUAUAUAGAAGAUUAUCUUCAGAAGGCGUUAUAUCUAUAUUUUUAUUGACAUAUAUUCUGUGUAUGUGUUAUUAAUAAGUAUGCUUCCGAUUUUUUGUUGCAUGUUUAGGUACAUUAUUUGAAGUCACAGCUUUUGUAAAUUAUGAUUGAUAACGACAGUGAGAAAACAAAUGUGAGAUUAAAAAUUAUAUUAUUAAGAUAUUUUUGUAUUUUUAUCCGCCACAGGCAUAAUAAAAUUUCACCGAAAUUGUUUUCAUGUGGGGUGUAUGUAUUUUUAUUGUUCUAUGAAUUUUUAUUGCGUUGCUGUUAUUACUAGUUGUACGGACAAGAAAGUGGGAUAGAAAUAAAGUGAGGGAAUCAGUGAUCUCUUUCUAGAUUUCUGAUUGUCUUACACUAUAUUAGAGAAUCUCUCUAUACCUAUCUAUGUUAGCACCUGUUACAGACAUACAAGGUUUGUCUAGGGAAGAAAUUAACAUCAAUCUCAUGCAUUGACUACUUAAUACAUACUACAACUAGACUCCCAAACGCCUAUAAAAAGGUCGUCAAAAAUAUCCAUGCGGCGUUGUAUAAUACAUAACUAACACAGAUAACAUUGACACAUUCAUUCAAAUUAACACCCCAUUUUGUGGCAGUGAUGUUCAAUCUAUGUAAUACAAAUAAGAAGCAUUGAACGAAAACUCUGCCUACUUGACGCGUAGACAGAGUUUUGCUUCACACAGUUUUUGAGCGUGAUUUUGAGUCUAGUUGUUAAUUGUAUAUCAAUCUGUCAUAUAAUAUUGUCAAUCGCCAAUUUUAAAAUACGCACCUAUAGCAAGAUAAAACUAUAUUAUGUAUAGUUUUAUAAAACAAUUAUUAUAAAUGUGGCUGGAGGUUGAAAAGUUAUAAUGCGAUUGGUCAUCUGAUUUUAACAAUAUUCCAAUAUAAUGUCAACUUAAGAAUAGUUGUAAUAAUACAAAUUAAUUUAUUUUUCAAAUUGAUUAUAAAUAGAUACCGAAAUGUCACAAAUUGUGUUUAAGUCGCAUUGAUUUGGUCAUAUAACGGAGGAUGUUAAAAUUACAACACGGUUUUAUCGUUUCUCGAAACAAAUCUAGUGAUUUGACCAAAUGCCAGAGUGGAUCCGUGAAAUGACACAAAGUCUUUUCUUUGGUUUUCUUUUCUUCUAAUUUAAAGGUUUAUUUGGUAAGACUUCGACAUAAUUUGGUAAAAAUUUAGUAUCGUGUCGCAAGUGGCGGGGGAUGAGAGGGGGAGGGGGGAAGGCGGAACGGAGGGUGAUGUCCUCUGUCCCCACAGUACCACUCCCAUGAAAAGGUAACGCACCAUUCUCUUGAAAAUCAAUUUAAUGUAAUCUAUCCUCAAACAUUGCUUUAAAGGCCACGAAGUAGAUGGCGGGCCAUCCCACCAUCCCCUUUCACCAAACCUGUCCGAGUCGAAGUCACUCAAGGCUGAAGUCUGAAGCUCGCUUUUACAUCCCAAGUUCUUCUUGUGGGGACACUUCAUGUCAUUUCCCGGAACCAAUUCUGGUAUUUCAUCAAAUCACUAGAUUUGUUUUAAGAAAUGAUAAAAUCGUCUUGUUCUUUUAGCAUACUCCGAGAUUUGAUCAAAUCAAUUAGGGAAUAGACCAAAUCUCUGCUAUUAUCAUAUCCGUACACAUAUACAAUUCUACAUUUGCCAAUGUAUCGUUCUAAAUUUAAUGUACAUACUCAAUGAAUAUCUACGGUCAUUUUAUUAGUAAUGUAUGUAUACACAUUUUAUUAUCCACAGUACAUUAUUAAAUUAUUGUUUUAUUAAUAAGAUAAGUGUUAAACAUCACUUGUACCUGCUUCUUGAUGAUAUAUAUUUUGACAAUCGAAGCAAAAUUAAUGUGCUUAUUUACUGAAAAAAUAAAACAUUAUAUUGCAUAAUA